CCGGAAUUUGUCAAAGCGCACCGAAAGCAAAUAGACGCACUGUUUUCAUGCCUUCAAUGCGUGAAAUAUCGUAAAGCGCACUGAUUCUCGGCGAUUGAUGCGAUUUUCUUCCGCCGUUUCGACAGCGCGGGUGACCCAGCGCCGAGGCCAUGACGUCCAACGAUGUGAAUGUUAAGGUCGCGGUGCGGUGUCGGCCGAUGAGCUCCAAGGAAGCGCAGAUGGGGUCGCGGCCCAUCAUCAAGGUGACUGAUCAAUGCAUCGCGAUCGAGAACCCGACCGACCCAUCGGACGACAAGACGUUUACGUUCGACUUCGCUUUCGACACGGACUCGGUGCAGGACCACGUGUAUGCGGCCGUGGCGCAGCCUCUUGUAGACCAAGCAUUCCAAGGCUACAACGGCACGAUUUUCGCGUACGGGCAGACGGGGUCAGGGAAGACGCACACGAUGAUGGGGUCUGGCGACGACCACGGGAUCAUUCCCAAGAUGAACGAAGACUUGUUUCGGCGCGUUGAAACCCAGUCGAAUGACACGACCAAGUACCUCAUCACGGUGUCAUUCCUCGAGAUAUACAACGAAGUCAUCAAGGACCUGCUCAACCCGUCCGACAAAGUCCUAAAAAUUCGCGAGCAUCCCGACAUGGGCAUCUACGUCGAGCACUUGGCCGAACUGGUGGUGCGGGACCCAGCCGACGUCACACGGCUGCUCGAGGAAGGCAACAAAGUCCGCCAGGUGGCCGCGACCCAGAUGAACGAGCGAAGCUCUCGAUCCCACAGCUGCUUUACGAUAAAAAUCGCAUCCAAGAAGAUCGAAACUCUGCAUGACAUGACCCGCGAAACCAUGAUGAAUGCCAAGAUCAACCUGGUGGACUUGGCGGGAUCGGAACGCGCUGCCAAGACGGGCGCGACCGGUGACCGACUCAAAGAAGGCGCGGCCAUCAACAAAAGCUUGAGUGCCCUCGGCAAUGUCAUCAACAUGCUCGCCGACCGGUCCAAGAAGGGCCACGUCCCGUAUCGAGAUUCGAAACUCACACGCUUGCUGCAAGAAUCGCUCGGCGGGAACUCGCUGACUGUCAUGAUCGCGGCCGUCAGUCCCGCCGACUACAACUUUGACGAGUCCUUGGGGACGCUGCAGUAUGCAAACCGCGCCAAGUCGAUCAAGAAUGCAACACGAAAGAACGAGGACGUGAACGAGAAAAUGAUCCGGGAGCUGCGCGAAGAAAUCGAACGGUUGCGGCAAAUGGUCCAAGGCAGUGGAGCAAUUUCUCACACCCAUGCACAACCGAGCUCCGACGCUCUCCAUGACAUGGACGAAAUGAUUGCCAACCUGGAACGGGCCAAGCAGCAGUCAUGGGACGAGAAGGAGCGUCUCGCUCGACUCUACGAAGAAGAGCGCCAGAAGAGUCUGGCCAACGAAAAAAACAUCUUGGCCUUCAUGCAGACCGUGCGGGAAGAAAAGAUUGACGGCAUCAAGCGCGUUAAGGCGCUGCAUCAGGACAAAAUCAAGCUGGCAAAAGCCUUCCGCGAACGAAAAGACAAAUAUGGGCAAAUCAAGCUCCAGCUCCAGCGGGACAUUCAAACGUACCAAGAUGCGCUCCAAGCGAACGCGGACGACGGCGUGAUCCAGCCCGUCCUGCGCAGCAUUGAAGCCACAAAGCAGCUCUUGAUAUCGGUCCGUGGGCAUCAACGGCGGCGGCGAUGUCACAUAUGCUUGGUGUACGGGACUAGGAGCGGGAUGGCCUUGCCGUGCUGAAGGACCGCCAGAAAGACGUCGAAGUCAAAAUAGUACGUUGCUUUGUCGACUGAGGCGUCCUUGGCGUGUCGGGGGACGCUGUGAUCGAUCACGAUCGGAAAUGGUCACGGUGCAUGUCCUCGGGUAGCUCGAGGAAGAAGCCGACAUUGCCGCCAAGAGCGCAGUGUUGCAAGAAAACGAAAAACUGCGGCAGGCCAUCCAAGACGACGAACGGGCCAAGAUGCGCAUGGAGAAGGAGAAGUUUCUCGAACAAGCACUCGCGGACGAGCGGCAGCGGCUCCACACCCAAGCCGAGGACGAACGCGUCAAGUUGGAGCAGAUCCUGUCCGAAAGCGUGGACAAAGAGAAGCGACUGGCGGAAGAAGUCAUUUUGCAACGAGAGAAAUCGCUCGCGAUGAGCGAAGAAAUGCACAAGAUGCGGCACAAGUUUGCGGAAGAGCAGACGCGGACAAAGAAGCAGCUCCAGGAGAUGCUCCACGGUCUUCAGGCGCAGUGGCUCCACGAGAAGAAGCACAUGGACGAAAAGUUUGUCGAAGCGAUGCGGCUCCUGACCAAGGCCCACGCAGACAUUGUGUACCUCACCAAGAAAAACGAGGCGCUCGAGAGGCAACUCGAAGACCAAGUGGGCAAAGUGCACCUCAACUAAUAGCACCAGACGGAUUGUCUUGGAGCAAUCCGGGGCCAUCAUCACCCCGCGCGAUCGGCAUGCACGCGCCAUUUCGUGGCCGCGACUGUUUGAAACGGCAUGUCCGUUGGUGCAGGACCAUUCUCCUUGUAUGCAUUUGAACGUCAUGGUGCCCUGGCCGCACUUGCCAUCGUAGGCCCUGCUCUGAGAUGGAGGACGAGUGUUUCUCCAUCGCGCUUGCUAGCUCAACGCGAUGGAUGGCAGACGGCAUGCUUUUGCAAACGAACCAGCCGCACGUGCGAAACAUGCCCAGCAACGCCAAGCAAGUGGCUAUGACGGAGCGAGCGAGCGACGGUCUAGGAUUUGAGCAACGACGACGUAGAGCUCUGCCAGGAUAUGUAUAUCAUGGCGGCAGCUGCCGAGGCGCCAUGGAGUUCCUC